CUAGAGGGCUGAAGUGAACGACAGCACCAGGAAGGCAGACGCAUGCAUGUCGUCGACGCCUCUGAAGUCUGCUUACUUGCAAGCCAGUGCGCACUAGUGGUGGUGGAUCAGUCAACAGAUCGUCCGAAGCAAAACGUGAUCGGCAUUUUGCCCACUCACUUGCAAGCCCGACGGGUGAUCCCUCUUGUUGCUCAUGUGACUCAUCUGCUGGGGCGGCAGUGAGUGACAGGCCAGCCUGACCAACAACAGACACUUGAUCAUCCUGCAGCACUGACUCAUCACGGAUCUGGAGGAGGUUCAUGUACUUGUGUUUGGUUGCCUUCAUGAUGCUCAUCGACUGGCACGGCGGCUCUCAUCCCACCACCCUGAGCUGCUGAUGGCACCGGGGAUGAAAAAUUACCACCAGAACGCUGAAGUAGAACAACGUCAGGAAGGCGGACGUAUGAAUAUCAUGACGCUGCCUACUUGCAAGCCAUUGGGCGCUGGUGGAUGAAUCAAAAGGGCAGCGCCGGAACCAUCUGAAGGGCAUCUGGGACUUCCGUGUGCAGGACUCGAUUUUGGCCCCGCACCUGCAGGCCUGCUGGAUGCUUUCUGUUCCUGCUCACGUGACUCGUCUGUAGUCGUGGCAGUGAGCACAUCACCGCCACCAACCUGACAGAUGAGACGCAGACACGCGCACACAUACACAGCCAAAGCAGGAAUACAAAAGCAGUGACUCAUCAUGAUCAUGGAUCUGACUACCUGUGCUUGGCCUUCAUGAUGAUGAUGAUCCUCGUCUGGCGCGGCCUCAUUCAUUCCAUCACCCUGAAUAACCAAACACACACGCACAGGAAAAGCAGAGAUCCAUUCCGUGAAACUGCUCGUCGAGGAAGCGCCGACACGCUUACGAGCACUACCCUUGCACGCUGAGUGCUCAU